GAGGCUAGAGCGAUGGGUGGAUAAACUGCGCUCUGAACGAAACAGGAUUAUUCAUAGAAGUUAAGAUUGUUGUGGCAUGUUUGGACUGAUUAACUGCCGGUGAAACAGUUAUACGUUACAGAAUGAGGUAAGACAAGUGUUAUCUGCUGUCCUCAGCCACACUCAGUCAACUACCCCCAGGAGGACGAUGAGACUCUGAGCAAAGACGGUGCAAUGGACAGUGCCUUGGGCAGCCCUCAGCCAAAACACUGCAGUCCAUCCUCAGACUUUAACAGCUCUCCCUUUCAAUUCCCAAAUGGCUCUGGCCAGCCUACCAGGAGACAGUGCAAGACUCCCGACCUUUCCAUUUCCAGUGAAAAGUCCAGUUAUGUCCCCUACCAGCGUCCGCUUGGACUCCCAGCGGGCUACAGCCAGCCUACGCCAUUCCCGAGCCGGACGGAGGAAUCUCAGAGCACCCUCAACCUGCACAAAGGUGUCUGGCACCAUCCAAUGCCCGCCUGUGACAGCUCGUUGGACAGCUACUCAGCUGGACCUCUGCCCUCCUUCGUGAUCUCUGGAAGUUACUCCCAUUACCAGUCAGAGAGGAGCUUCUCCCAGCCCUGCUGCGGCUCCUUGCCCCUCCCAGGGAGGUGCAGCCCCGACCAGAGUGGUCUGGAGCAGCCGUGCUCUCUCCACUCCCUCCCCAUGCCAGCUGCGCUGCAAAACGUCCACCUUUAUCCCCACCCACAGUGGAGGAUGGCCUGCUGUCCCCAGUGCCCCAUGGAAGUGUUGAGGAUAGACCCAGUACCCCAUCAGGCCCCUGGGAACCCCAGACACUACCUGCCCCCCUGCCCUAAUGGGAUCGGACCUUUACACAGAAACAGCAUUCAUCGAGAACACAGUCUCGUGAACCCUGGACCAAAGUCGGACCAAGCACGACUCUCCUUUGAACAAAGAAAGGUGUUUGUCACAUAUGAGACGGAUAAUGACGAACAUGUGAAGGAGGUCAUCAAUUUUGUGGCAUUGCUUAGGCACAAUGGCUUCUACACUCAUAUCGACAUGUUUGAGCAGCAGUUCAGAAGCAUCAACAAGAUAGAUUUCAUGGAGCGUUACAUCAGUGAGAAAGACUACUUGAUUAUUUUUGUCAUCAGUCCGAAGUACUAUGAGACGGUGACCAGCACAACAACCUACCCAGAGGACGAUGAGACCUUAAACACUGUUUACAUUCACAAGCAGCUUCAGAAUGAAUUCAUUCAGAAUGGCUGCAAAAAUUUCAGGUUCAUACCUAUUUUGUUUCCAGGAGCUAAGAAGUGGCACGUACCAAGAUGGCUUCAGAACACCCACAUAUACAGCUGGCCAAGGGACCACGAUGAUAUUCUGCGACGGCUGAUGCGUGUGGAGAAAUACAAUCCCCCACCCAUUGGACCACUUCCCACUAUCGUCUCUGUUCCCAUCUAGCAACCCUUUUUGCGCCAGGAAUUGUCGGGGGGAUAUUCUACAGUUGGGCACACCAACAGAGGCCUGCAUGCAUCAACUUUGACGUGUUACUUACUACAUACAGUAAUUGUCUACAACAGAAUACUGGUUAACCAGCUAACAGCUACAGCAGUGAUUGAUGACAUUCAAAGACACACAGCAAGUUUGGUAUUUGUAUGAUUUCACUGCCUAUUUCCACCUGCCAAUUUGUGUGGAUCCACUGCCAAUUCUAAAUUCCCAUGUCGGACUCUUCAGACUAAUGAGGAAGGUGACAGGUCGUGGAUGGCUGCAAGUGAUGAUGGUCAAUAUUAAGUGUUCAACUGUUAUACUUUUCACCACAUAGUGCAGUCUAUUUUGUUUGCUCUUUUUUCACACCCACAAAGCAUAGCAUAAUGUUCCAAAAAAUAUAAAUGAAACAUCCGAAUGUAAUAAUGAAUGUAUAUUGUAAUAAACAAAAUAAUGCAUAAUGUGAUCAAUCACUCAAUCUACGGAUAAGCUUGACCAUACAGAUUCAGACAGCUCACAGGCCUUCAGAAGUGGAAAUCAUUUCACAUACCUAUGGCUAAUUAAGGAUCAUGCUUACACAUUUUGCCAUUGUUUACACUGGAGUUCUGUUCUCAAUGUGUGCCUAGGCAUGGCACAUCAGCUGAUUGUUAUAACUUGUUUUGCUACUUAUACAGUAAACUUCAAAGUGAAUAACAUAUUUUGAAUA